GGUAACAACUUACCUUACUACUCACUUGUCAUAAAAAAAAAUGGUAAAGAAUGUUUGACGUAAUUACUAGGUAUCUAUCAUCUUCACCGAGUUUGCAGGCUGGUUUUCUUCAGGGAGGAAGAAAUUAUUGGAUGAGGAGAUACACACGACGGAUAAAGACGCGAAAAUGUCAGGUACCACCGUACGCGGACGGGUUUGUGACAGGGCAUGUAUGCGGAUGUGCGGCGCGGCGAGGUACAGGCACAGAUGAUUGGAAGAAAGGAGAUGGAAUACUGAAUAUUGAUGGGUCCUGCCAAAGUUUCAACUUCAGAGACGAGGAAACGCUCAAAGGAAUAUAUCACACGACAGGGCUGCCUAAACUGUGCCGCAUUCGAGAUGGAGAUUUGAAUGUUGUGAUGGGAGUAGCUAGACGGCAGUUCAUUGAUAGAUAGAUUGAUAUAUAAGCGAAAGUGAGAGCUUUCUUUCUUCCGGCUCUGUAAUUUGAGAAAUUUUAAAUUUGAUAUCACUCUCACUCUUGUAAACUGUCUAGCUUCUUGAAAGAGAAAAAUCCAUAUCCAAACCAUCACCACCACUCAAUUCCCAAGAAACAAACUCAAAUAUAUCAGAAUGAAGUUCUCAUACACCUCCAUUCUCUUCGCUCUCGCAGCUCCAGCGCUCGUCUCCGCAGACAAAACCAGCGUUGAUAUCGCAUCCGUGAUUUCCCAAUUCUUCACCGUCACCCCCACCCUCCCCGGCGGCGCUCUCUCCACCCUCGCCACAGCCCUCGCCUCUGUCGAAAACUCCUGGACUACCCAAGCCGCCUACACAUCCUUCCGCGAAGCCAUUCAAUCCGCAGCCCCCACCGCCGUGGCCAGCUCGAUUGCAAAAAGCGGUUUCUACUACGAUGAUGUCGUCUCUGCUGAUUGGUUUACCAAGAAGGCUCCAAAGGAUGUGCAGAAGGCUGUCAGCACUUACUUGAGUAAUGUUGACAAGGUUGAGUCGAGUGUGUGGAGUAAGGUGGCAAGUGAGACCAGUAAAGGUGCUGCGGCUGCGGUGACCGGUGUUCCUGCAGUUGGAGUUAUGGGAGUGGCCGUUGCGGCUGGAUUGGGCGUUGUAGGAAUGAUGUAAUGUGGGGUGCUUGUGUGAUGGUUUGAGAUGGAAGUGGCAGAAAGGGAAAUAUGAUGCGAUGCGCUUUAUGAGAUUAUGAUGCGAUGGAUGUAAUAGGGAAGGAGAGAUUCUGCCUGACGCCAUGAGAAUUAAUUGAGAUACCCUCUUGGGCUACCUUUACAAAUACAUAAUGCACUACUAUGCUUUGAUAUGUGCCCAGUUCAUGUUGUCUCUGUCUUUCUAGACAACAGUACCGCUCCCAACUCCUCCAAUGACGAAAGAGAAAUGUAAAAACCACUCACAUGUUCAAUAUUGAAAAGCACCA